UUCACCACACCACCAGUUUGCGCGAGACGUGGUUCGAUUAGCUAGCUAGGUAGAGCCGGGUAGUGACAACAGCGGCCGUAUCAGAAUGUCAGAAGGGGACAGUGUUGGGGAGUCAAUCCAUGGGAAACCAUCUUUAGUUGCUGCCUUCUUCACAAGGAUUGGACAGGUCUAUCAGUCAUGGCUGGACAAGUCAACGCCUUUCUAUGCAGUGCGAUGGGCAGCUACUUUACUACUUACUGCAGUCUAUAUGAUCAGAGUCUACAUACUACAGGGUUGGUAUAUAGUAACAUAUGCAUUGGGCAUCUACCAUCUCAACCUCUUCAUUGCUUUUCUGUCGCCAAAAGUGGACCCUUCACUGCUUGACGAAGAUGAGGGCCCAUCUCUUCCUACCAAGCAGAACGAGGAGUUCCGCCCCUUCAUCAGGAGGUUGCCUGAAUUCAAAUUCUGGCAUUCUGCAACAAAAGGCAUCGUUAUUGCUAUGAUUUGUACCUUUUUUGAUGCCUUCAACGUGCCAGUGUUCUGGCCUAUCCUUGUAAUGUACUUCAUCAUGCUCUUCUGCAUCACCAUGAAGAGGCAGAUCAAGCAUAUGAUCAAGUACAGAUACAUACCCUUCACACACGGGAAGAGGACAUACAAAGGCAAGGACGACACAGGGAAACCUUUUGCUAGUUAAAAACUCCCACUUAUUAGUCUUCUUCCCCUCCUUCUCAUUUGAAAUCUGAAGGUCACAGCGGGUGGGAAGUGACAAGAGUAAUAGAUUUCCUCUUUUUUUUUUUCUUUUCGUUUUUUUUGUAAGUGAAACAGUAACAUGAAAAAAAAAGAUCCAUUGUUCACCAUGUUAGAUGGUAUGAACAGCAUGGAUCCAAUUAGUCUUGGCAUUUGGCCUUUUUUUCUGUUUUGAGGACCCUCCUCAUCCUCAUUUUAGGGAUUUUUCGCAUUUGUUCAGUAGUAAGUGAAACAAAACUCAGUGUUGCCUUUUGCAUUUUUAACCCAAUGGGGUAAGUAUAAAGUCGUCAGGAAGGAACCAUGCAAAAAAAAAACACUUUGCAGUGAAUUUGUCUGAGUUCAAUUUUCUUUAAAAAGUUCCCCACAAAGAUGGUGAUUUCAGUACAUGUCCUUUUCCAAACUGAAAUAAAAUUGCCAACUUUUGAAUAAUAUAUUGGUUCCUAAUUAUUUCUAAGAAGCUAUAUAUUGAAAGUCAGUAGUGUUAAUGAAGAGUAACCAAUUAAGAUGUUUAAUAUAAAAUCUGAAGUUAAUGCACCAGUUGUAAAAUGUCAUCUUUUGUCAUAAGAGUGGAGCUGCUCUGACUUUUAAGUGUCAGCCAGUUGUCCUCUGUUCAAAUGCAGUCACAUUACACUUGGACGUACAUUCAAGACAUGUUUGAAAUAAGCCAGUUAUUAUUCAGCACAAACAGUUUUCAUGUUAGAUUGACAUCAAUCCAGGUAACUAUCAUUGACAGCAACACACUUGAGUGCAUAUUCCAAAGCUAAUCUUGCUUAACCCAACCCAUGUCGUUUCCCGUAGUUCACCUUUAAUUCAGUUCUUCAGAUGGGAUACUGUGUUUUUGCAAACUCCCCACCCCACCAAAAUCCAAAUUUAGCUCGAAAUGUCAAGUAACCCUCUGAUUUUUACACAUUUUUGCGACUACUUUUCAACUCUAAUUCAUAAAAAAAGGGGGCUAAUCUCAUAAUAUAGCGAUUCCACUUAUACAGCAAUGGCCUUUUUGCUUUGAAACCUUUGCCCAUCUGUGUUUCAAAGUUUAGGUUUAAGUCUGUGUAGACCAGUUGUUGUAGUCCUUUAUAAUCUGUGUUUAUUUGAAAAAAAAAAAAAUCUGUUAGUCAUUCCAAGCAAACUGUUGUUCUCUUUCUUUUACAGAGGAAACAUAAGAAAACAGAGAUUGAGAGCUUUUAUUAUAACAAAUGGAUGAAGUGGGUGGCGAUCACGCUGUCUUUUCUGUAAACCAGUUGAUUUUUUUGAUUUUUUUUUAACCCCCAUUUUUGUCAAAAUGCUGGGGAUUAUCUGUCAUGUUAGACUUUGACCAGCACUGUAGUAAGGGAUCACAACAUUUUGCUGUAAAAAGUAUGUUUCAAAUGAUUGUCUGGAGGAUUUGUAUAUAUAUAUAAAUAUAUUUUAAGAUAUGUUUGGUGUUUUUUUUUUGUUUUUUGAUUUGAUUUUUUUUUUCCUUUAAAUCACCAUACUGUUUCCUGAUGGGUUUUUUUUUGUUAAUUCAUAUCAGUUUAAAUUGACAAAAGCAGAAUUGGUUAAUUGGGUUCUAAAAUUGAUUAAGUAAACAUCUUUCUCAUGGAUUGCAUGUCCUUGUUUUCUUGUGCUACAGUUAUUAAAAAAACGCUUAAACACUU